GGCCAAACAAGGGAAGGACUGAAACGACUAGUUGCAUCAGGACAUAAGCUGCUGGAGGAUGAUGACUCCUGGAUUAUCAGAGUCAGGAAUGCAGAAGGAAGCUCAGGUGCAGAAAGUGCAGAAGUUGGAGGCUCCACAGUUUCCUUCACUAGGUGCUCCUCAUUACUCUGACUCCAGUUCAGUCUUCACUGAUGAGUACAGCUACCGAUCGCUAAGCCACUGCCUUCGCUCCAACAUUUUUCCUGGGCCUCCUGUAGAGUGGUCCACUCUGGCUAAAGACUCCUACAUCAGUCACAGUCUGCAGUCUCUGACCCCUGAUCCACAGCACUGGUACGGCCGCAGAACUGAUGACAUGAUGAGAUGGACUGAGAGGAACAUCAUCAACCAGAAACUGGAGAAAGCUCUAAAGGAACUGGACCAAAAGGAUGUGGCUAAAUGA